GAUCGCUUCCCCUCCUUGUUUCCUUCACAGUAGCCUCAAAAGAAAGCUUCUUUCUCUUACAAAAAUUCUCCAAGUCCUUAUAGAGUUACAGAUCUUUUAUGGGGACGCCGGAGACUUCUCGAGAACCCUGUCCCGACCGUAUUUUGGACGACAUCGGCGGUGCUUUUGGCAUGGGAGCGGUCGGCGGCUCUGCCUUUCACUUCAUUAAAGGCGUCUACAACUCUCCUAGCGGGGCGCGGAUCAUCGGCGGCACCCAAGCCGUGCGGAUGAACGCGCCUCGUGUUGGUGGAAGCUUUGCUGUUUGGGGUGGUUUAUUUUCUGCCUUCGAUUGCACGAUGGUCUACGUCCGCCAGAAGGAGGAUCCCUGGAAUUCCAUCUUUGCUGGUGCCGCCACCGGCGGCUUUCUCUCAAUGCGACAAGGGCUGGGCGCUUCGGCUCGCUCCGCUGUUUUCGGUGGGAUUCUACUUGCUUUGAUUGAAGGAGCUGGGAUCAUGCUCAAUAAGGUAAUGAGUGCUCAACAGAGCAUGCCUAUAAUGAUCGACGAAUCAGUACCUGCGAUGGCUGGUGGUCCUGGAUUUCCCAUGGGCCUUCCGGGUCAGUCUCAGCCCCAAGUACAACCCGUGCAAGAGGCCGCUUCGACGAGUGGAUCUGAGUCUGGUUCAUGGUUCGGUGGUUGGUUUGGUGGAGGGAAGAAGGAACCGGCCCCAAGUAGUGAAAGCAAGACAGAGAUUUUGGAGAGUUUCGACGCGCCACCUGUGCCAAAUUUUGAAUAUAAGUGAAAACAAAUAAAAUUAAGGUCCAUUUAAAAAAGCUUUAAAAAUUUUUUAUAAUUUCUUUCGUAGGCGAUAUUGAUCUUGUAACUGGUGGGCUUUUGGAGCUCCAAACAUGAUAAAUCCUAAGUUUUCCCGUCUGAAUUUUGCAUGCUCUUUA